CUCCCCUCCCCUCCCCUUCUCCUCCUCGCAGCCUCCCCUUCUCCUUGCCUCCCUCGCCUCUGCUUUCCCCCAGAAGCAUCCUCUCCCCUCUUCGAGGCUUGGGAAUGGUACAGUCCCCCCACCCGCCCGGCCAGGCGAGCUAGAUGCUGCUGGAAAGCGGAGAGCAUCGCAGGCUGCAGCCGAGGGAAGGCGCCAAGGGCCCCGGGGAGGAGGACCACGGGGCAGCCAGGGACAGCCGCGUGACAAGGAGCCCCCGGGUCUCUGUGUGUCUUUAAAGGGUCGCCAGUAGCUCUCUCUUUUCUUUCGCCCAGAGAAGGGAGCAUCACCUCAGAGAAAAAGAUGACGCAGGGAAAGCUUUCCGUGAAUAACAAGCCUGCCAACUCUGAAGGGCAGCAGGGGAAUGCCGAGAAAAAGGACAGCGGGACAGUGCCAUCAGCACCUCCAACCUAUGAAGAGGCCACCUCAGCAGAAGGGGUGAAGGCAGGGGCCUUCCCUCCCCCCUUGAAUGUCCCUCUCCAUCCCACAUGGGCAUAUGUGGAUUCCAGUACCAGCCCUCACUAUGGCAAUGCAUACUCCGGUGAUACUGAAACUCUCACAGCUUUGAGCUGGGAUGACCUAAAUGUACGCAGAGUGUUCAUCAGGAAGGUUUACAGCAUCAUUUCACUUCAGCUGUUUGUUACAGUUGCCAUUGUUGCUCUCUUCACCUUCUGUGACCCAGUUAAAGGAUAUGUCCAAGCAAAUCCUGGCUGGUAUUGGGCUUCCUAUGCUGUUUUCUUUGUAACCUACUUGAUUUUGGCCUGCUGCUCUGGACCCAGGAGGUACUUCCCAUGGAACCUGAUCCUCCUGACCAUCUUCACUCUCUCCAUGGCCUAUAUGACUGGGAUGCUUGCCAGCUACUAUGACACCAAGUCCAUCCUCCUCUGCCUGAUGAUCACAGCAUUGGUGUGCAUCUCUGUCACCAUAUUCAGCUUCCAGACCAAGUAUGACUUCACCUCUUGCCAGGGGAUCCUCUUUGUGAUGAUGAUGGUACUAUUCUUUAGUGGGAUUAUCCUGGCUAUUAUGCUUCCAUUCAAAUAUGUGCCAUGGCUCCAUGCUGUUUAUGCUGUGCUGGGAGCUAUUGUAUUUACUAUGUUCCUGGCCUUUGACACACAACUCCUGAUGGGGAAUCGUAACUAUGCUUUGAGCCCAGAAGAAUAUAUCUUUGGAGCCCUCAACAUUUACCUGGACAUCGUCUACAUAUUCUCCUUUUUCUUGCAGAUAUUUGGGUCCAGCCGAGAUUGAGCUAGGCAGCAUAGCUACUAAGUGGUCUUUUGUAUGAUCAAACCGAGCAUAUAUGCAUAUAUAGAUAUAUAUGUGAGAUAAUAAACAGCAACAAAAAGGAGAGGAAAAUUAAUUGACCUCUCUGGCCCUUUAGUAAGCACCAUUCCAUCAGAUGGUCAAUUACUCAUCCAGCCAUCCACCAACCCACAACCUGCUGGCCUUCUUGAGAUCCUCCUACAGUCUGUACAUACAUAUCUAUGCUGUGAAACUUUUUGUGACAAAAAAAAGAAGAAGAACCAGCAAACUAGGCUGUAAAUGCUAGGCCUUCCCUUGCUUUCACAACUGUCUACAAGCUGUAAAUUAGACUUAGAGUAGCAGCUUCUAGAAAUAACAUUGGGAGCGAGGUAAAUACAUUUUGGAGAGCCCAGUGCCGGCUUCAAACUGGAGAGAAAACAAUUGUGUGGGAAUAAAAAUGAGUCACAAUUCAAAAUUGGUUUCAUUCAGGUUAGUGGAAAGUGAGCAAUUUGUGGAUAUCUACAGAAUGAAUCAUUGGGUUUCCAUGUGUUCUUAAUGUGACAUAUUGUAAACCUUUAACAUCCAAGCUCCAACUCAACCAUUGUUUUAAUUCCAAAGAGGUCAGAGGAUCCACAGUGAUCCUCAUCUAAGGGGCUUUUGCCCCCCACCCUUAGUUUCAGUGAUAGUCAUGUGUCCUCAUACUCACCGGGCACUUUGGUUAUACAACACAAAAAGUUUUGCAUGUCUUUGCGUUUUCAUGCAUUACUUUCAUGUUGAGGUCAAAUGUUAAUUUCAGUAGUUGUACACAGUUCCACUUCACUAGGGCAGGAACAGAAGGGGAAAGUGAAAUUCCUCAAGAAAUUGAUGCUGUGGUUACUCUUAUGCAAGAAUCAUAGUGUUAGUACAGAACAAACAAUUGCUUGCCCAUUAAUUUGCCAGUUUCUUGACUCUCAGAUAUUCGUUUUGCUAUCACUUUCAUACUACUGCCCCUGCACCUACUCUUUUGCCUGAUGUAUCAUUCUUUUUCUGGGCUAUUGAUGAUGUUUCACUUGGGGAAUGUUUCACUUGGGGAGCUAAUCAUGGCUCAGAAGAAAGCAAGGCAGGCAAAAGUUAUGUUUUCCUCUGCUUCUGCCAACCCAGCUAAGUAAGCUUGGCACUGAUAGUCUCUUAUGAGUUGAAGAAAGUGACUAUAUUUUCUUGAAAGGAAAUAGACAUUAUAAAGACAGACUUUUCUCUGUCUUUAUAAAGAGAUUAUAAAGUGGCCACCUGUCGACCCAGCACACGCCAAAUACAAAACAUCUGCAGGCCAGAUUACACUGUUGGACCAGAAGUCUCCCUCCUCUCCCUUAGGACCCUUGAUAUAUAGCCCAUUCAUAGGCAACCAUUUCCAGAAUCAAAA